AUGGAGAAUAUUGUCCCAUUCAUCGAUACAACAAGAGAAGUGCCGAUUGAUACGAAUACUGCUGUUUUUUAUGUCUUGCAUUAUAUUGCUAUAUUCGAGGCGGCGAUCAAUCUCUUCGGUUUCUAUGUGAUCGCUUUCCACACACCACAAAGUAUGAGAAAUUAUGGACGAGCGUUGAGUGCUUAUCAGAUCUUUGGCUUUGUCUCAGUGGGUCAUAUGGUAACGCUAAUGGUUACAAUGUUCAUUGUUCGACAUCAAACAAUUUUGCCACAAGAACAUGCGCUCAAAAUGAGACCCGGUCGUCUUGCUAUUUUCUACAGCUUACUCCAAAUCUGGCCCUAUCUUCACUUCACAACCAUCAUGAUUUACACAUUCUACAAUGAUGAUCAAGACAGCAUCAAGAGCUAUUAUGCUGAUGUCUCAAUCCCGAUGAUCACUUUACUUUUCCCUGUACUUGCUUCAAUCUACAUCUUUGUAUCAAAGAACUUGGCAUUAGUUGGAUUGGUCCCGCUGGGCUUAGUCUUGUUCUCAUUACAUGGACUUCUUUCCACAAUUGUCACCUUGUCCCUUUAUCGACCUUAUUACGCUUAUGUGGAACAAAUUGUCUGGAAUCUCUUGGCCAAGAUCUUACCAUGUAUCUUUGCUCCGAGAACUUUUGCGAUGGGAGAAACGACUACUGUUGUUCCCGGUGGAAGUGAUCGACGCUUUAGUUUAGCCGCUCGAAUCGCGAAAACCUCGUUUACUCGCUCAUCUGCCGUUCAAAGCACUUUU